AUGUUGAAAUUAGGAAGGUCUCCUUGUUGUGGUGAAGGUGGUCUUAAAAAAGGUCCUUGGACCCCUGAAGAAGAUAAAAAACUUGUCAAAUAUAUCCAAGAAAAUGGCCAUGGUAGCUGGAGAGCCCUUCCCAAACUUGCUGGUCUUAAUAGAUGUGGGAAAAGUUGCAGGCUGAGAUGGACAAAUUACUUGAGGCCUGAUAUCAAGAGGGGGAAAUUUUCCCAAGAAGAAGAGCAAACAAUUCUCAAUAUCCAUUCCAUCCUUGGAAACAAAUGGUCAGCAAUUGCAAGCCACCUACAUGGGCGAACAGAUAAUGAAAUAAAAAACUUUUGGAACACCCAUUUGAAGAAAAAGCUCAUCCAAAUGGGAAUUGAUCCGAUGACUCAUAGGCCUCGAACUGAUAUCUUUUCAAGCUUGCCUUAUCUGACAGCUUUGGCCAACCUAAAAGAGAUUCUGGAUCAGCACCCAUGGGAGGAACAAGCUGUAAGGCAACAAGCAGAAGCUGUUCAAAUGGCUAUGCUGCAAUGCUUGCAAUAUCUUCUUCAAACCCCAGCUUCCAUUUCAUAUGGCUCUAAAAACAUGCACAACACUUUCACUGAUAUGGAGACUAUUAAUCUUUUAAACUCACUUUCUCCAAUCAAGGAUAACUCAGUUUUAAGUUCACUCCAGCAGGAUGUAGCAGCUACUUCGUUUCACGAUUUCAAUGAUUCAAUCCCUUUCCCUCGUUUAACAGACCUACAAAUCCAUUGUGAAUAUGGAACAACUAAGAGCAAGGACACGGGUCAAGCUCAAGAGUACACAGUGUUGAGCCAAGUAGAGAAUAAAUGCAAUUCACCAUGGCUCACUCCAUCUGCAACUCCUUCACCUUAUAUGAUUCCACCUAUAACAGAGAUUUUGAUCAACAAUUUGGGGGAUGCUUCCUGUUCUUCAACCUAUGGUGGAGCUGCGCCUUCAGUUUGGACUGAUGAUCACCUAAUCUUUGAAUACCCUUUGUUUCAUGAGCUUCACCCCACUAUAUAUGCAUGUUUCAAGGCAAUACUCCCUCAAUUUCUUGCAUUUCUUCAAGCUGCCCCAAACAACAAUAAACCUAUAGCUCAUUCAAGGUGUAGCAAUGGUAGAACCUGGAAUCUAGCUAGAAAAACAAAGCUAGUUUUACGUACAUAUUUUUUAACUAAUUACUUGGGUCGGGAAGAUAAGUUUGGAAUUCGACAACUUUAUUCCCCUUUAAAUGAUUUACUUAAAUUUUUACAUAAUGAUCAUAAUGAAAUAUUUAAGGCACGAGCCUAUUUUGUGAAGAUUAUUGAGCAUGCCCUUCUUCAAGAGCUUUCCUUGAAAACAUGUCGAUGUUCUCAACUGGCAGCAGGUAACGACGUCGCCGACCUAGCCAGGGGAGACAUGAAAGCAAUAGUUCGGGACCCCGAAUAUAUGUCGAUUUCUUGGGAGAGUGGUUGGUUUUAUUCCUUUUCUUACAAGGGAUUGACUAAAUUUCCAACCUACCUUAGGCUUCAAGUUAAAGACCAAUUUCGGAUUUGGGAUGUCAAGCCAUACUUAACCAAGGCCCGAGCCGAAUUUCUAGAGUCUUUCGGGCUGGGUCGAGUUUGCUGGCUAUCUCUUCCACUAAGCAAACCCAAUUUUGACGCCUUCAACAAGUGUGGCUGA